AUGGCUGUGCGUGCUUUUUCGCGCAAACCAUCGGGCCUCGAACGCAUGGAGCGACAGAGCCGAAGUUACCUGGUGUUGGCCACCAUCGAGAACGUCAAGAUCAAGGGCAAGAAGGUCGACGUGUGCGCGUGGUCGCAGGGCUCCACAUCGGGCGAGCCCAAGGAGCUGGGCGCCGGUCCGUCCGGGUCGCUCUGCAAGUACUCCACCAGCACCAUCACGUACGCGUAG